AUGUUCUUAGAAGAGGUUAUCUUUCCUAGCGACACUAGCUCUUGUAUUCUUGAUACUCCGAGGCUUGAGUAUCUGAGUCUCAAAGAUAGCAAUUUCAAAAGUUUCAACGUAAUCAGUAUGAGUGACUGUGCGGAGGUAGAUACUGAUGUCGACAAGUACCUUGACUCUCCGAGAGACGCUCUCAUUUGUGUCAAUUUGAAGUUCUUUGGUCGCCGUAAAUCGCCAUAA